AGAGUAAUGAAGGGUGGGUUCGUUUUAUUUGACUUCCGGCUUUUCAACCUCAGGGUUGAGGUUUCGAGCUUUUCUCUGUAACGGGGAGAGCUAGAAACGUCCUUUGCCCAUAGCAGAGCUGAGCGUGUCCCCCAUCUCCUGACCCCAAAAGCUGCAGCCUGCGCGCCUCAUCCCCCUUGCGGGAACCGGGGCGGGGGGGGGCGAGGGCGAUUAGGAGAAAAUGUGGGUCACUAAAACAACGUAUUUAUCAAUGACAUCAUCAUAUUAACUCCCCCCACCCCCCGUUCGGUCCCCCCAGCCUUAUUGGGAUGCAGGCGGCCCUUUGGGAGAGGCUAGUGACAGCUCUAACACCGCCCCACCCCCUCCCGCUUCUCUCGCUCGGGGAGGCGCGAGCGCCUGUGGUUGCCCUUGUCCCUCGGCGCGCGCCGUAGCGCUGCUCCCGGCUUCUGCCCCCUGGGACUGUUUGCAAGAUGGCGGCCGCGCGGGCGGCUCUUCGCGGCCGGAUCCCCGCAGCCGGGUAGAGACACCUCCCCGCCCCUCAUUCCCCCCCCCAACGCCGCUCCGCGCCGGGCUGCAGACAGGGGCCCGCUGCUGCCAUGCCGACCUCGGUGCAUGCAUGAGAGACGUCGCCGAGCUGCUCCCUGCUGCCGCCGCCAUGGAGGAGCCGCCGCCGCCGCCGGGGCUGCGCCCGGGGAGACAAGAGUACAAGUCAGAGGAUGUUGCUUGCAAGAUUUCUGAAUCUGAACCUGAGGAAUUAUCAGAUGAAGCCAGUGCUGACAUUUUCUAUGGGACCUCUCCUCCUAGCACACCCCGACAGAUGAAACGUAUGUCAACAAAGCACCAGAAAAAUAACCUUGGGAAAUCUACUAGCCGCUCCACUUUAAAAGAAAAGAUGAGUGUACCAAAUCAGCCUCCACAAAAAGACAAUGGCAAAACCACUGACAAUGUGGAAGAGCACAGCUAUAAGCACGGGAAAAAGAUUCGAGCCACCCUUAGGACAACAGAACGAGAUCUCAAGAAAAAUGUGCAGUGCUCAUUCAUGUUAGACUCAGUUGGUGGGUCCUUGCCAAAAAAAUCAAUUCCAGAUGUUGAUCUCAAUAAGCCUUACCUCAGCCUUGGCUGUAGCAAUGCUAAGCUUCCAGUCUCUGUGCCCAUGCCUAUAGCCAGAACUGCACGCCAGACUUCUAGGACUGAUUGCCCAGCAGACCGCUUAAAAUUUUUUGAAACCCUGCGGCUUUUGUUAAAGCUUACCUCAGUCUCAAAGAAAAAGGACCGGGAACAGAGAGGACAGGAAAACACCUCCUCUGUCUGGUUGAAUCGAUCCAAUGAACUGAUCUGGCUUGAGCUGCAAGCGUGGCAUGCAGGCCGGAGCAUUAAUGACCAAGAUUUCUAUCUGUAUACGGCCCGUCAAGCCAUCCCAGAUAUUAUUAAUGAAAUCCUCACCUUCAAAGUGAAGUAUGAAAGCUUCUCCUGUGUAAGAAAUGAAGCCAGUUUCAAUGGUACUUCAGGAGAAGGACAUUGCAAAGCAGCCCAUGGAACUAGUGCUGUGGGUUACACAAGUUACUAUGAACACCUCCAUCAUCAGCGGGUCUCCUUUGAGCAAGUAAAGAGGAUAAUGGAGCUGCUAGAGUAUGUAGAAGCACUUUAUCCGUCUCUGCAGGCCCUUCAAAAGGACUAUGAAAAGUAUGCUGCAAAGGACUUCCAAGACAGGGUGCAGGCACUCUGUCUGUGGUUAAACAUUACAAAAGACUUAAACCAGAAACUAAGGAUUAUGGGAACUGUUUUGGGCAUCAAGAAUCUGUCUGACAUUGGCUGGCCAGUGUUUGAAAUUCCUUCUCCUCAACCGUCCAAGGAAAAUGAUCCAGAGGAUGAGGAAGAUGGUAGGGAAGCAGAAGUAAAAGAAUCCUCAGGAACAUGCAUUGAGGAAAGUGAAGAUGAAGAACAAAUCUCUGAGGAGAAUGUUGAGGAACUCAGACAAGCCAUCAAGAACAAUUUUACCAAUAAGCCAAAUUUUGAUUUUCAGCUACAGGACCAUUUUUCAAGGAAGCUUGACAGGCUUGAAUCAGAGGAUGACUUGGCCUGUUGGGUUAUUCCAGAGUGCAGUGCCGAGGCAGGCUGCAGCAGACACUGUUUGACCUCUAUUUACAGGCCAUUUGUAGACAAAGCACUGAAGCAAAUGGGGUUGAGGAAACUAAUUUUAAGACUUCACAAGCUAAUGCAUGGUUCCUUGCAAAGGGCCCGUAUGGCAUUGGUAAAGGGUGAUCACCAGCUGGAGUUUUCAGAGUUCCCAGAUCCCAUGUUGUGUUCAGAUUAUGUGCAGUUGUCAAAUUCCUCACUUUCCUCAGAGCAAAAAUGCAGCACUGUAUCAAUGGAAGAGCUGAAAUCUAUGGAUUUACCAUCUUUUGAACCUGCAUUCUUGGUCCUUUGCCGAGUACUUCUCAAUGUUAUCCAUGAAUGUCUCAAGUUAAGGUUGGAACAAAGGCCCGCUGGGGAACCAUCUCUCUUGAGUAUUAAGCAGCUAGCAAGAGAGUGUAAAGAGGUCCUGAAGGGUGGCCUGCUAAUGAAGCAAUAUUAUCAGUUUAUGUUACGUGAGGUGUUAGAUGACUUACAGAAGAUUGACUACAACAUAGAUUCUUUUGAAGAGGACCUGCAUAAAAUGUUAAUGGUUUAUUUUGAUUAUAUGCGAAGCUGGAUCCAAAUGCUACAGCAGUUACCUCAAGCAUCUCAUAGUUUAAAAAAUCUCUUAGAGGAAGAAUGGAAUUUCACCAAAGAAAUAACUCCUUAUAUACGAGGAGGUGAAGCUCAAGCUGGAAAACUGUUCUGUGAUAUUGCAGGAAUGCUGCUGAAAUCUACGGGAAAAUUUCUAGACUCUGGUCUGCAAGACAGCUGUGAUGAAUUUUGGGCCAGUGCUGAUGACAGUACUGCAUCAGAUGAAAUCAGGAGGUCUGUUAUAGAGACCAGUCGGGCACUGAAAGAGCUCUUUCAUGAAGCUAGAGAGAGGGCCUCCAAAGCUCUUGGCUUUGCUAAGAUGCUGAGGAAGGACCUUGAAAUAGCAGCAGAAUUCACAUUGUCGGCCCCUGUGCAAGAGUUCCUGAAUGUCCUGAAAACAAAACAGUAUGUGAAGGUGCAAAUCCCUGGACUUGAAAACUUACACGUAUUUGUCCCAGAUAAUCUUGCAGCGGAGAAAUCUGUGAUUUUACAGCUACUAAACGCAGCUGCAGGAAAGGACUGUUCUAAAGAUUCAGAGGAGGUUGCAUAUGAGGCCUACUUACUGAUGAUCAAGCACAGUGAUAAAGACCAUGAAUUAGAUGACAGCUGGAGCACAUGGGAAGGACAGCCAGUCAAAAUAGUGCCUCAGGUGGAAACUGUUGAUACCUUAAGUAGUAUGCAGGUUGACAACCUCCUCUUUGUAGUCAUGCAAUCUGCCCAUCUUGUGAGUCAGAGAAAAGCUUUCCAACAGUCUAUUGAAGGGCUUGUAUCUUUGCAUCAUGAACAGACAUCCAGCCAGCCAGUCAUUGCCAAAGCAUUGCAGCAGCUAAAGAGCGAUGCAUUACAACUAUGCAAUAAGAUAAGCUGCGCCAUUGAUAGAGUUGAUCGCAUGUUCACGUCUGAAUUUGAUGCUGAGGUUGAUGAGUCUGAAUCUGUCACUUUGCAGCAAUACUACCGAGAAGCCAUGAUUCAGAGUUACAAUUUUGGGUUUGAGUACCAUAAAGAAGUUGUUCGCCUGAUGUCUGGAGAAUUCAGGCAGAAAAUUGGAGAUAAGUAUAUCAACUUUGCCAGAAAAUGGAUGAAUUAUGUGCUAACAAAAUGCGAGAGCGGUCGAGGCACGAGACCCAGGUGGGCAACACAAGGUUUUGAUUUUCUUCAAGCCAUCGAGCCAGCCUUUAUUUCAGCUCUGCCUGAAGAGGAUUUCUUGAGUUUACAAGCUCUGAUGAAUGAAUGCAUCGGCCAUGUAAUUGGAAAACCUCACAGUCCUGUUACAGCUAUUCAUCGAAACAGUCCUCGUCCUGUGAAGGUACCUCGAUGCCACAGUGAUCCACCAAAUCCCCAUCUUAUCAUCCCAACUCCUGAAGGGUUCAGCACGCGGAGUGUCCCUUGUGAUGUACGGAACCAUUGCAGCGCUGCUGUCAGUCGCCCCGCUCCCAUCAGUAGCGACUCAGCUCAACCAAAACCUGUCAGCAGUGCAAAUGAUACCAGGGGUUCCAGUGUCCCUGAAAAUGAUCGACUGGCUUCAAUAGCAGCUGAGUUGCAGUUUAGGUCCCUGAGCCGUCACUCAAGUCCCACUGAGGAUCGAGAAGAACCAUUGUAUCCUAAAGGAGACUUGAGUGGAUCAGCCCGAAGGAGUUGGGAGCUUCGAACUCUCAUCAAUCAGACCAAAGACACAGCUUCCAAGCAAGGACCUAUUGAUGCUGUUCAGAAGUCUGUCCGAUUGUUUGAAGAAAAGAGAUACAGAGAAAUGAGGCGAAAGAACAUAAUUGGCCAAGUCUGUGAUACCCCCAAAUCUUAUGAUAAUAUCAUGCAUGUAGGUCUAAGGAAGGUGACCUUCAAGUGGCAGAGAGGAAACAAAAUUGGUGAAGGCCAGUAUGGGAAAGUCUAUACAUGUAUCAGUGUUGACACUGGUGAACUGAUGGCCAUGAAAGAAAUAAGAUUUCAACCGAACGAUCACAAAACCAUCAAAGAAACUGCAGAUGAACUGAAAAUUUUUGAAGGCAUCAAGCACCCUAAUCUGGUUCGUUACUUUGGUGUGGAGCUCCACAGGGAAGAAAUGUAUAUCUUCAUGGAGUACUGUGAUGAGGGCACUCUGGAAGAGGUGUCAAGGCUGGGCCUUCAGGAACAUGUCAUUAGGCUCUACACGAAGCAAAUCACGAUUGCUAUCAAUGUACUACAUGAACAUGGUAUAGUUCAUCGGGACAUUAAAGGAGCCAAUAUCUUCCUUACCUCAUCAGGACUGAUUAAGCUGGGAGACUUUGGUUGCUCAGUAAAAUUAAAGAACAACACACAGACGAUGCCUGGAGAAGUGAACAGUACUCUGGGGACUGCAGCAUACAUGGCACCCGAGGUAAUUACUAGAGCUAAAGGAGAAGGGCAUGGACGUGCAGCAGACAUCUGGAGUCUGGGUUGUGUUGUAAUAGAGAUGGUCACUGGCAAGAGACCCUGGCAUGAAUAUGAGCACAACUUUCAGAUCAUGUAUAAAGUGGGGAUGGGUCAUAAGCCUCCUAUACCUGAAAGGGUAAGCCCAGAAGGAAAAGACUUCCUUUCUCACUGCCUGGAAAGUGAUCCAAAGAUGAGAUGGACAGCUAGCCAGCUCCUUGAUCAUCCAUUUGUCAAGGUUUGCACAGAUGAAGAAUGAAGUUACUCAAUAUGUGGCCACUUGUACUCUGGCGAAGUAUCUGCUAAUCACUACUGUAUGUAAUAUUUACAUAAAGACUGUGCUAAGAAACAGUAUAAAAUUUAAACUUACCAUGACUGAAGACUGCACAAGUGACAAGCGUCACUUUUACUGCUGCUCCUGUAUGUUUUACUUGGCACAUGUUGCUCAUGUGACAGUGUCUGCAUGUUUCAGUGAAAGUGCCAUUACUACUGUAUAUGGACCAUUACCUUUUUGUUGUUCUUUCUUUAAAUGUUUCUCAUUUAAGUGAGAACUGUAAUGUUAAUAUGUAGUAUUUUUGGACUUUCUAGGUUCGAAAAAAGUUGUAGUGUUAUCAGGCGUUCUGGACCUUGUUUUUUAAAUCUCCCGUUUGAGUGCACUGACUGUGAACUUUUACUCUGUUUUUUUGCCCAGCUUCAGAUUUGUUAUGCAAAAGGCUGAUUAAUGAAAUUACAAAAAAAAGUUUUUCUCAAUAAAUGGUUUAUUUUAGGAA